CACGCGGCACCGCUUCCUUGCCACCUAACCUCGAUGUCGCGCCCACCGUUGAACCCAGAUCAGACAGCUGCAGGCAUUGCUAUUGACCCCCAAACUCUCGAGCGCGUCAUUCCAGAAUCACGACGGCCAGAUGGAACGAUCCGUAAGCAGAUAAAAAUUCGUCCUGGGUUCACUCCUCAGGAAGACGUGCGCCGGUUCAGGGGCACUAAGCAGGCUCAGAUGGAUGCCAAUGUGCUGCCGAAGGGGCAUAUCGUCGGGUGGGCACCACCACCUUCAACUUCGAGUUCUGGUGCAGGGGAGAAAUCAUUGAGUAAGAGUGCGAAGAAGAACGCGAAGCGGAAGGAAAAGCGGGAAGAGAAGAAGAAUGAGAUCAUCAAGGAUAGCUGGGAGGAUGACGAUGAAGGAGAGACGCCAGUGAAGGAGACCAUGACUACAGCGGCGACCUCAUCCUCUUCAGACUCUACUGCAGUUUUGACACCCGAACCAGCACCGUCGACAGCGACGACUACAUCUACAUCUACAUCUACGGAUGCCCUUGCUUCGAAACUCAAAAAACUUGAGGUUAAAUGAGACUUGUUACAUUACAAUAAGUGUUUAACAGCUAUAAGGUGUGAGGGGGAUGAUACAGUGUAGAUUAUAUGCUUCUACAUUACAUACUUCUUGUCCAAGGUAUAGAUCUUCUAUGUGACCCAGUCAAUCUUCUCUAGCCCAUCGCCCGUUUCAUGCACAGGAUUAGGAGACUGUGGAGAGGGUGUAUGG